UAACUUGUAGGACAGGACAGAUCUGCACUGGCAUGCACGACUUGGAAGACGUUCAGGUUCCGCUUCCGUUGUUUCAAGAUGGCCCGUCCUGCCCUCCGGCCGCAGAUAAUCCUGUCUGUGGUGUCAGAUAUAUUGCCGUCUUUGAGACAGUAAGGGCAGGCCGCGGUGACGUAGUGCUUGCUGCUCACCAUGCCGGGGAUUGUGGUGUUCCGCCGGCGCUGGUCUGUGGGCAGCGAUGAUUUGGUGUUGCCGGGAAUCUUCCUCUUUGUACUGCACAGCACGUGGUUUGUUAUCCUAUCCGUGGUGCUCUUUGGCCUGACCUAUAACCCGCAUGAGACAUGUUCCCUGAAUCUGGUGGAUCACGGGCGUGGGUACCUGGGUAUUCUGCUCAGCUGCAUGAUUGCAGAGGUGGCCAUCAUCUGGUUGAGCAUGAGAGGGGGAAUCCUGUACACCGAACCUAGAGACUCCAUGCAGUAUGUGCUCUACGUCCGGCUCGCAAUCCUGGUGAUUGAGUUUGUGUAUGCCAUCGUGGGUAUUGUCUGGCUCGCUCAGUAUUACACUUCCUGCAAUGAUGUCACCGCAAAAAAUGUCACCCUGGGGAUGGUGGUAUGUAACUGGGUGGUCAUCCUUAGCGUCUGCAUUACUGUUCUCUGUGUGUUUGAUCCAACUGGAAGAACCUUUGUGAAGCUGCGUGCAACGAAAAGAAGACAACGGAACCUGCGCACUUACAACUUGCGACAUCGCCUGGAGGAAGGUCAGGCCAGCAGCUGGACCCGUCGUUUGAAAGUCUUCCUGUGCUGCACUCGCACUAAGGACUCUCAGUCUGACGCAUAUUCAGAAAUCGCUUACUUGUUUGCAGAGUUUUUCCGAGAUCUGGAUAUUGUGCCAUCUGACAUCAUCGCUGGGUUAGUUCUGCUGCGCCAAAGGCAGAGAGCAAAGCGCAACGCAGUGCUGGACGAGGCUAAUAAUGAUAUCUUGGCUUUCUUGUCGGGCAUGCCAGUCACUAGAAAAACAAAAUAUCUGGACCUGAAAAAUGCACAAGAGAUGCAGCGGUACAAGGAGGUCUGUUACUACAUGCUGUUUGCACUGGCGGCAUAUGGCUGGCCCAUGUACCUCAUCCGGAAACCAACUUGUGGCAUCUGCCGAUUGGCGGGCGCGUGCUCCAGCUGCUGUUGUCUCUGCUCUUCUCGUCCUCGCUUUGCCCCUGGAGUUACCAUCGAGGAGGAUAACUGCUGCGGUUGUAAUGCAAUUGCUAUAAAGCGUCACUUUCUGGAUGAGAACAUGAACAUGGUGGACAUUGUGUACACUUCAUGUCAUGAUGCGGUCUAUGAAACCCCAUUCUUUGUGGCUGUUGAUCACGAUAAGAAGAAAGUGGUGAUUAGUAUACGUGGCACACUCUCUCCAAAGGAUGCCUUGACAGACCUCACGGGAGAUGCAGAGCGCUUGCCAGUGGAGGGUCACCAUGGGACAUGGUUAGGGCACAAGGGAAUGGUUCUUUCUGCUGAGUAUAUUAAGAAGAAGUUGGAGCAGGAAAUGGUGCUGUCUCAGGCGUUUGGCAGAGAUCUGGGACGUGGAACCAAACACUAUGGCCUAAUUGUAGUGGGCCAUUCACUUGGAGCCGGCACCGCUGCUAUUCUGUCCUUCCUUCUGCGUCCCCAGUACCCUUCCCUAAAGUGUUUUGCCUACUCUCCACCAGGGGGCCUCCUAAGUGAGGAUGCCAUGGAGUAUUCCAAGGAGUUUGUUACGUCUGUAGUGCUUGGGAAAGACCUAGUACCCAGGAUUGGUUUGUCUCAACUUGAAGGAUUCCGCAGGCAUCUCCUAGAUGUUCUUCAGAGGAGCAACAAGCCAAAGUGGCGGAUAAUUCUAGGGGGCACUAAGUGUAUACCUAAAUCAGAACUUCCUGAUGAAUCCGAGGGGAUAACGGUGCCCAGUAAUCGGCUCUGGACUCACCCCAGUGAUCUAACCAUAGCACUGUCAGCCAGCACCCCGCUCUACCCUCCUGGACGGAUCAUUCAUGUUGUGCACAAUCACCCGGCAGAGCAGUGCUGUUUCUGGGAUCAAGAGGAACCCACUUACUUUGCCAUUUGGGGCGACAACAAAGCAUUUGAAGAAGUAAUCAUCUCCCCAGCCAUGCUGCAUGAACACCUUCCACAUGUGGUAAUGGAAGGCCUCAAUAAGGUGUUGGAAAAUUAUAACAAGGGCAAAACCGCCCUGCUUUCAGCUGCCAAAGUGAUGGUGAGUCCAACAGAAGUUGAUCUGAACCCAGAACUGAUCUUCAGUCAGCCGCCACAUCUGUCGCCUCCUAUUCUGGAGGUGAUCCCUGCCAUCAUGCCUGGCACAAAUGCCAACAGGAGGAACAGCAGCACCAAGAGUAAGCAGUCUGAAAUCAGCCUAGAGGGAUUUUAUGACUCCCGUCUUCUGUCCCCGGUGCUGAAGGAUCCCGUUGAGCUUUUAUUGAUGAGCACCAAGGAUUGCCUAGCGGUGUCACUGCAAGACCGCAGAGCACCAUUAGCUACAAUGGAGAGCCUCUCAGACAACGAGUCAGUUUACAGCUUCGAUUCCAGGCGUUCUUCUGGAUUCCGAAGUAUUCGCGGUUCGCCCAGUUUGCGGGCUGUCUUGGAGCGGGACGAGUCGCACUGCUUCUUCAUUGACCCAACCAUUCCAGAGGAGAAUCCAUCCUUGAGCUCUCGUACUGAGCUGCUUGGAGCAGAUGCCCUUUCAAAGCACUCUCAAGAGAGCCAGCACACUGAGAUUAUCCAUAAUAGUGGUCGGUCCUCGCCCGGAGAUUUGCCACCCUGGGAUGAAGAAGCGGCUGCGGGAGCAGAGACCACCAGGGUGCAGACCCCAGCCCAGGAGGAACUGGCUUUACAAAAUGGACGCCUCACCGAAGUUCCAAGCCCUCAAGUACUAGAAUUUGCAGAAUUUAUAGACAGUCUUUUCAAUCUAGACAGUAAAAGUGGCUCUUUGCAGGACCUUUAUCAUAUGAUGGUGUCAGAAGGAACAGACCGUGAAAUGCCGAAGUCUAUAAGUGAUCAAGAGAUACUCUUAAGAGCACAGUUUGAGCCAAAUCUGGUGCCGAAGCCUCCCCGCCUUUUUGCCGGCUCAGCAGAUCCAUCAUCUGGCAUAUCUGUUUCUGCCUCUUUCCCUCUUAGCUCUUCAGGUGAACUCAUGGACCUUACACCGACAGGUAUGAGCAGCCAGGAGUGCCUGACCCCUGAUCCCACACGGACUGCCACACCUACAGGACCAACUCACGGCAAACCGGAAGAACUACUCAUCUCCGCUCUCUAGCAAAACGCACAUAAGCAAUUGAGUCCAGGAUCUUUGAUGGAAAUGCAGCUUUAGGAGUAGAAUAAUGCAAGCUUACAAUAGGAAGAGAUAAGCCAGAGCUUAGUUACCUGUGGUAAUUGAGUCGUAGGGAGAGCUGCCCUCCCACCAUCAAUUUUUAUUUUUAUGCCUGUGGCACCACUAUGUUACAGACUUCGCGCAGCUGAAAGGGAUUUUCAGACCUUUUUGUGAAGAUCACAAACCAAGGAAGGUGAUACAUUGCACUAAGAAGAUGCCACUACAUUGGCAGUCUUGCAUGGCUUGUCUUUUUACCAGCCAAGAUUACUUGCCAACCUUGCUUCAGGAGUCUGUGGUUGACGACAGACAAACUGUGUAGGCUUUCGGGGUGGUUUUACCUCUGGUCUGCAUUUGGGUAUUUAUAGUGGAUCAUACUAUUGCGGAGGUGUGUAGGUACAGUACCAGCUGGGGCAAAGAAGGACACCCCUUCUGCCUUCAUUACAUUUAGGUGCCAUGUUUAAAAAGACAAAUGUUUGAGAAAAAGGGGCAUCAUUCAUUAAUCUUUAGUCUGUAGGCUGGACCUCUCCCCGGUAUAGCUGAUGUAGUGUGGGAACUAAUUUUAAAGGGGUUGUCUCAUCAUAGACAAUGGGGGCAUAUCGCGAUCGACUCUGGUCCGGCCACCACCGAGCCGGCUCCCCAUAGGAGUGAAUUGGAGUGUACCGCGCAUGCGCGGCCCCCACUCUCACUCAUUUCUAUUGGGUUAACGAAAAUAGCCGAGCGCGCGCAUGCGCGGCCCCCGCUCUCACUCAUUUCUAUUGGGUUAACGAAAAUAGCCGAGCGCGCGCAUGCGCGGCCCCCGCUCUCACUCAUUUCUAUUGGGUUAACGAAAAUAGCCGAGCUAGCGCUCGGCUAUUUUCGCUGGCUUCAAAGAAAAUGGAGGACUCCGUUCUCAAUAUUGGAGCAGGACCCACACCUGUAAGAAAAUAGGGGCAUAUCGUAGCGGUAUGCCCCCAUUGUCCAUGAUGACAACCCCUUUAAGAUCUCUUGUUUGUAUCAUUGCAGGUACAUAUACAGUUACACUUCCUAUCGUGACAUUCUCUUCCAGGUAGCCAUAGAAAUGUAGUCCCCUUUUUAUGAUGCUCAGAUCCUGUGUCCUACUAUCAAGUCCAUGGAUCCCACUAGCAGUGGGAUCACACAAAGUUGUGCUUCUAUACGACCUGAUUGUUUCCCAGGCUGUAAGAUCAGACCUUUUCACCAUCACUUUUAGGCAAACUAUCUAGCCUUCAGAUCUUCCUUAGAGCUUACCUCUAGAAGACUUGGACAUGCUUUCCUCUAGCUUAUCAUAAAGCAUGAGCUUUUCUCAUGACCAUACACUAUACAAAGUACUGCCUCACAAUUUUCUCCUGCCAUGGUGUCAGCUAUGAUUGUAUUUUAUACAUUUGGCCUUGUCUUAUCUGUAAUUUUAAGGGUUCCAGUGGUGGGAAUAAAGGGGUCCUCCACCAUGGCACAGAUAUUACUGACACAUAUGAGUUAGGAUAAUUUUUACUAAAAAGAAGUAUGCACCCCUUUUAGUCUUGCCAAACAUUAGUUGAAACUAUCUUUCCCCAACUUUCGUGGGCUAUGUUUACAUUACAGUUCGCAUAUAUAUAUAUAUAUUUUGGUCCUCGUUAGGACAGUAUAUGUUAAUGUACCUUAUCCUUUUGCAGGAUGGAAUGGUGUAGCAGACUAUGCUUUCCUUAUAGAGGUUGCAGUAAAAAAAAGUAUCCGUUUUUUGUUUUUUUCACAAUGGAAGCUUAGGUCUGGCGUAGCCUACUGCAUGCCUUCCAUCAGAGGUGUCCAUCGCAAGGUCCUCCCAUCAUGUACCUCUAACAGAUUCUAAACUUGACUGGUCAUCUCAGCAAACCAGGCCUAUGGAAGGUGGAGGUGACAGAGGUUUGGACAGGUCACGAUCCAGUCUUAUGUGACCCUUGUUUCCCCUGACAGGCGACGUUGUGGGACUGUUGGGCGGAAUCCAUAGACCUGGAUAGAUCAUUGGUGGGUUCACCCAUAAAUCUUUGGAAUCUGCAGACCAGUGAUGGCCAGUUCGCAUUGUUCACCUGCGAACACAUGCGGACUGCCAUCU